AUGGAGGCUCUAUAUUCAAGGACCCAUUAUUGGCUAGUUGAGCACCCAACCAUUAGCCAAUUUGAAUGGAAGCAUGGACAAAAUUUGGGUUCCUCCUUACUUUUCCCCGCACUUUCAGCCUUUAUCUACUUAUCUCUCAUUCUAUUAGCAUUUCGAUUUUCACUACUCCUCCCCACCCUCUCCUCCACCACCCUCCGCCGCAUCACGGCCGUACACAGCCUCAUCCUUUGCCUCCUCUCUCUCAUCAUGGUCGUCGGUUGCAGCCUUGCUGUCCUCCACCAAAUGCCUGAUUGGAAAUGGGUCUUCUGCUUCCCGGCUAAUCGUACUCUCCCCCGUGGACCCUUAUUCUUUUGGGCUAAUCUUUUUUACCUUUCCAAGAUUCUUGAACUCAUAGACACCCUUCUCAUCAUCCUCAGUAGUUCUCGGUCACGGAGGCUCACGUUCCUACACGUGUACCACCAUGCUACCGUGCCUGUUAUCUGUUAUCUCGGGAUUUCUAGUGUGGAUUCCAUGAGUCACGUUGCGGUGAUUGGGAAUGCUUCGGUUCAUGUUAUAAUGUAUGCUUAUUACUUUCUAUGUGCAAUGGGAAAGAGGCCAAGAUGGAAGAGGAUUGUUACCAACUGUCAGAUUUUCCAGUUCAUUUUUUACUUCUUGUGUGCGGUUGCAAAUAUCUAUCAUCACCUUACCACUGAGAAUGGGUGCUCUGGAUUUGGACAUUUGUGCUUCAAUAUGAUUUUUAAUACCUCACUUUUGCUUCUUUUUCUUGAUUUUCAUUCCAAGAACUAUGCCAACAAUGUCAGCAAAGAACGUGAAAAGAAGUCGCUGGAUAGACAGAAAUAACAUCUUUGUCAGAAGCUGCUGGACAGACAGAAUUAGUAUUCCACCCGUUUCAUAAUAAAUGGUGCUUUUAUCUUUUUUAUUUUAGUUCAAAAUAGGUGAUUUUACCUUAUCAGAUUCGAAGAAUAGCGGAAGUUUUGUGCACCAGAUUGUCCUUUUUCAAAAUAGGUGAUGUUUCACGUAAUUAAGAAGACAUUAAUUUUGUUUGUCCAAUUUUAGCCUUACUUAAAUUUUUAAAAAAGGUUUUACAUAACCAAGAAAUUAAUAAAGAGUUCCUUCUUUUUCAAGACAUAUAUUAAGGAUAAUUUAGCAAAA